AUGCCAGAGCCAAAUACAACUACAGACCCUGCUUUACAAGCAAGAAAAGAACGCAGAAGCUCCAAUGAUAGUGAAACAAGUACAGUUCGUGAUACUUUCACCAUCAAUGAGCCUAUUCCUCUCCAAGAAGUUAGCUCUUAUCGUGAGCAGAUUCGAGAGCAAUUACCUCCCGGUGUCCUCGCUACAAGAACCUUAUCUAUCAACCCUUAUCCAUCAAAACACACUGAUCUCGAGGCUGUCAACUCUCGUAUCAUGACACAUCAAUCUGAAAAGCGUCCAGUCAUGCACUACGUGAAUUGGGAUGUCAACGAUCCAGAAUGUCCUUACAACUGGGACAGUAAACGUCGUUGGGCAUACACCAUCCUUGUCGCUUGUCUCGUAGUUUCUGCUGCUUUUGGUUCUUCAGUCAUCACUGGCCGAAUCAAUGGUGUCGUCGAAUCCUUUGGUUGUUCUGAUGAGGUCGCCAUUCUCCAAGUCUCUCUCAUGGUCUUUGGUUUCAUGCUUGGUCCUCUUCUUUGGUCGCCCUUAUCUGAAUUAUUUGGUCGUAAACCCGUCUAUGUUGGUGCUCUCUUUGUCUAUGCUAUCUUCAACAUUCCUUGUGCUGUUGCAACCAACAUUCAAACCGUCUUGGUGUGUCGUUUCUUCUCUGGCUUCUUUGCUUCCUGCUCUUUAACCCUUGCUGGUGGCUCCAUUUCCGAUCUCUUUCCUACCGAGACUCGUGGUAAUGCCAUCGCCUACUUUGCUGCUGCUCCCUAUGCUGGUCCUGUAUUGGGUCCUAUCGUCGGUGGCUGGAUUUCCGUUGGUACAGGUGGAUGGAGAUGGAUUUAUUGGGUUAAUAUGAUUUUCGCUGGUGUCAUGUGGAUUCUCGUUUGCCUCUUGCCAGAAACAUACCAUCCCAAGCUUCUUGCUGCUCGUGCUAAGCGUAUGAGAGCAGAAACGGGAGACCCCACCUAUAUCACAGUCGAGGAAGAAUUCCCUGUGCCCGUCUCUGAACUGGUCCAGGCUAAUUUGGUCCGUCCCUUCGUCAUGCUUGCCACUGAACCCAUCUUGUUGUUGAUGUCACUUUAUAUCGCUGUCAUUUACGCUUUGCUGUACGCCUUCUUCUUUGCUUAUCCUAUUGUAUUCCAAGGUGUUCGUGGUUUCAACGAUGGUGAAGUUGGUUUGACCUUUAUUGGUGUCCUUGUCGGUACCUUCUUUGCUCUUCUGACCACUCCAGUCUUUGAAAAGAAGUUUAGGAAAGUUGUUCAACAAAAGAACGGUAAGCCUGAUCCUGAGGAUCGUCUGCCUGGUAUGAUGUUCUCUGCUCCUUUCAUCCCCAUUUCUCUGUUCAUCUUUGGUUGGACUUCUUUCCCUUGGUGUCACUGGAUUGGUGGCUGUAUCUCUGGUAUUCCAUUCGGUUACGGUAUGGUUAUCGUGUACUAUGCUGCCAAUAACUACAUUAUCGAUUGUUUCCCUCGUUAUGUCACAUCUGCCCUGGCUGCAAAGACACUUAUUCGUUCCGGUUCAGGCGCUGCUUUCCCUCUAUUCAUCAACCAAAUGUACGCUCGUCUGAACAACCAAUGGGCUAGUACGCUUCUUGCCUUUAUCUCUAUUGCCAUUUUACCAAUUCCCUUCUGUUUCUACAGAUGGGGUGCUAAAAUUCGUACUACAUCCAAGAGUGCUUCUUAA